AUGACUGAUGUAUCCGUACGAUUUGAGCUGAGCGGCCUGGAGCCUCUGUUCGGUGUGGAGCCCUGCAUCUGUGGCUCCACCCCGGAACUCGGCGAGUACGACCCACUUUUCGCAACAUCCAUGACUUACGACGAGUCCAGAAACGUGUUCGUCGCUUGGGUCUGCUUUCUUGAAGAGGACUAUCCGGUCCGGUAUCGGUACUUUUUACGAAAGCAAGUCUGGCAGCGAGCGAACGUUUGGCAGGUUCAAUGGGAAGGCGAUCUCGAGCCGCCAUACCAACAACAUGACGAUGAGGGCAACCUUGUCGAGGAUGCAAACGGAGGGGCUGCGUCCGCGGGGGCGCAGUCGCCAGAGCGCAGCGGUUGGGCGCGUCGAAUCCUUCCUGUGCCUGUUAGUCCUGUGACAACAAAGGCCGCUGUGUCUCCUCUACCGGAGCGCUGGAAACAACAACUCGAAGAAGGCGCACGCGUCUUAACGCUGCCUCAGGCUAAGAAACCCUUUGUCCAGCGCGACGAGUGGAAACCCGCUAUGAAUGAUACGUGGAUAGAACUGCCACGCGGGGUUGCGCUUCCAAAGCGACUGCGAGCACGAAUAAGUGAACGCGAGCGCAUUCGUCGUAAAAGAGCGAACGGCUUGAGUUCCGAGGCGCUACUUGCUGCGGGCCAACGAGAGGCUGAACAGCAUCGCAUUCGACAGUUGCGUCUCGCCGGGAACGAAGACGAGGCGCAGCUCGCUGAUGUUCUAGAGGCUCGUCAGCGGGAACUAGAACUUGAGAAAAAAGGAACCUCUCAGGCGAACGUCGCCUCUAAGCGGAAACGAAAGACGGCGGCGCAUUCGUGUCGUACGCAGUAG